AUGUUCAGCGGACUCGGACGGCUCGUGGAAUGCUCGGGCCAGACAGCGAAGUCGUCGUCGUCGUCAUCGACGGCGGCGGUUCAGCGUGGAGACGGGUCGAGGCGUCCCUUGCGCGACGCUGUCGACUGGCGUCAGUACGCCGCCGGAUGGGGCGCCGCCUUCGUCAACAUCACCGUCACUUUCCCGCUCAACAAGAUCAUGUUCCGCCAGAUGUUGCAUGGCGUGGAGAUGAAGAGGGCAGUGAGGAUGUUGCGGAAAGAAGGCAUUCUGCAUUUGUAUCGAGGACUCCCACCGCCUUUGUUCAUGAAGACUCUUUCCGGGUCCAUUAUGUGGGGCAUGUUCCACACGUCGCAACGGUUUCUUGAAACGCACCCGGUUUACGGCCUGGGACCGAAUUCCCGAGAGGUUAUCGCUGCAUUAGCGGCUGGUUCGUGCGAAGCCAUUCUCACGCCUUUCGAGCGUGUCCAAGUGUUGAUGCAAGACAAACGCUAUCACCACAAGUUCCGGAACACGAUGGGCGCCUUCCGGUCACUCUGGAGAUUCGGCAUCAAGGAAUACUAUCGCGGAGCUGUGCCCAUCCUCUUGCGCAACGGCCCGUCCAACUGCCUCUUUUUCCGACUGCGUCGCGAAACCAAGGACGCCUUUUCCCCGCUCGCCACGUGGUACGGCAACCUCGUGUUCGACUUCCUCAACGGCGCCGUCAUCGGCGCCUUCAUCUCCACGCUGUUUUACCCAGUGAACGUGGUGAAGACUCGGAUCCAGGCCCGGGUCGGCGGUCGGUUCCGCGGCAUUGUGGAGACCUUUGUGGAGAUUUAUCGCGAACGCGGCGUGAAGAUGUACUACGGCGUGCACUUGAACUACACGAGGGCGCUUGUGAGUUGGGGCAUUAUCAACGCGUCCUACGAAGUUUUCAAGAACUUGUUGGGAGCUGACAACUGA